GGUUGGUUGGCUUGGCGGGACCGGGGACGCUAGUUUCUGGACAUGCAGCACACGGUUGAAGUUCGGCACGGAUUUUCGACGCACCAAGCAAGCGUCUGGUCGUCCUUUGCAUCAAUUUUACUGAACGGAUCUUCGUAGCCGCCAGUCAAUCGCCCACGUCUCACUCCGUCAGCGAUCCUCCAUAAGUCAACAUGGCCGAGCAACUUGUUCUUCGCGGCACCCUCGAGGGCCACUCCGGCUGGGUCACCAGCCUGGCUACCUCGCUUGAGAACCCCAACAUGCUCCUGUCGGCAUCGCGCGACAAGACCCUGAUCAUCUGGAACUUGACCCGCGACGAGACCUCAUACGGCUACCCCAAGCGCAGCCUUCACGGUCACUCGCACAUUGUCUCCGACUGUGUCAUCUCCUCCGACGGUGCCUACGCCCUGUCCUCGUCCUGGGACAAGACCCUCCGCCUGUGGGAGCUUUCCACCGGUCAGACCACCCGCCGCUUUGUCGGCCACACCAACGACGUUCUGUCCGUCUCCUUCUCGGCCGACAACCGCCAGAUCGUUUCCGCUUCGCGUGACCGCACCAUCAAGCUGUGGAACACCCUCGGUGACUGCAAGUACACCAUCACCGACAAGGGCCACACCGACUGGGUCUCCUGCGUCCGCUUCUCGCCCAACCCCCAGAACCCCGUCAUCGUCUCCGCUGGCUGGGACAAGCUCGUCAAGGUUUGGGAGCUCGCCACUUGCCGCAUCCAGACUGACCACAUCGGUCACACCGGCUACAUCAACACCGUCACCAUCUCCCCCGACGGUUCCCUCUGCGCCUCCGGUGGCAAGGACGGUACCACCAUGCUCUGGGACCUGAACGAGAGCAAGCACCUCUACUCGCUCAACGCCGGUGACGAGAUCCACGCCCUUGUCUUCUCUCCCAACCGCUACUGGCUGUGCGCCGCCACCGCCUCGAGCAUCAUCAUCUUCGAUCUCGAGAAGAAGAGCAAGGUUGACGAGCUCAAGCCCGAGUACGUCGAGGUUGGCAAGAAGAGCAGAGAGCCCGAGUGUGUCUCGCUCGCCUGGUCCGCCGACGGUCAGACCCUCUUCGCCGGUUACACCGACAACAAGAUCCGCGCCUGGGGCGUCAUGUCGAGAGCUUAAAUGCUUUUUUGAUGUAACAAACUAUCCAAAGGGGAGGAGAAGCAGGAGAUGUUGACUG